GCAAGACUUCACGAGAAACGGCUAUGGAUUUUGUAUUAUUAGUAUGGAAUGGAAUUAAUUGCUUGCAGAAAAGGAGCGGAAUCCAGUCAAGAUUACAAGGAUUUUGCUCAUUUCCUACUCAGCAUUUCUUUAUCCUGAUUUUCUCUUUUCUCUUCUGGGGUUUUCAAUCUCGACUGAGAGCUCUGCUUGCUCACAGUGAUGGCUUCUUCUUCUGCAUUGAGGCCUCAUCAAAUUGAAUUCAUGGAGAACGUUAAACAGCUUAAGGCUCAGCUGUUAACGACUUCUCCUGACAAUGACGACCUUCUAAGCCUCCUUGAAAAAAUUGAAUCAGCAUUGGGUAGAAUGGUGCCGGGUCCCCACAAGCUGCUCAGAACUGAUUUCAAUGUUAUCAAAGAAUUAUUGGGUGAUAGGAAGUUUCUGUUACAUCCUAAUAAAUUCAUUGAAACUUGUGUCGCAUCAUGUAUGGUCGAAGUUAUGAGGAUAACAGCACCAUCUCGGCCGUAUGAUAAUGAGAAAAUGAAGCUUGUUUUUCAUCAACUUAUAGCAUCGGUUGAAUCUUUACCUCAUGUGCUUAGCGGCUACUAUAGAAAGGCUGUAUCAAUUCUUGCACGCAUGGUAAACAUCAGGGGGUUUGUGGCUCUGUGGGAUAUUGACGAUUGGCUAGCUCUAAACAUAUUCCAACUGCCCCUCAAAAUCAUCAUGCCCUACCAUCCCGAUCGUGAAAAAGAAAACAUGGAAGCAAUCAUGGUCCAAAUGAUAGAAGAAUGUGACGGAAGUCCUGAAAUAAUAUUGGAUAUUCUUUUCCCUCUUUUUGAAUGCCUCAGAAAGAAAACUCAGAUGGAUGCACCUAUGUCAUCGUUGCUGGCACAUCAAGUCUUGGAAAAGUGUGCUGCCAAACUAAACCCACAUCUUUUAAAGGCAGUUAAGCUUUUGGGCAUGAAAGUGGAGGGUUAUACUGACCAAUUUCUCACACUUUGCUGUAAACUUGCUGAGGAAGAAAAAGUGGCGGAAAAAGUUGGUGCUUUAUCUGCUAUAGAAGGAACAUCUGAAGUUCAACGACCUGAUGUGACUCCUAGAGCAAUGAAUAUUGACAACUUUAACCAGGAGUUUAUUGGAUCAUCAUUGAAGGCAAAGUGUAGCAAUCAGGCUGAGCAGCUGAAAGAUGUUGACAUACCUGCUCUUCACAACCAUGAAAAUACUAAAGAUUUGCAACAAGUAGAUCCGAGUGGACCGCCGGAGAAGAUAGAACCCACUAAGGAACAGGAUUGUUUGGGAAUGAAUGGAAGUGAAAACUGGGUUGAAGAACCUAAUAAUAUUAACAAGAAGGAACAUGAGAAGCAAUUGGGUAGCUCUUCUGGGGAUGCUACUUCAGAGGAGUCACCAUUGCCAUCUGAAACUGAAAAGAAUAUGUCAGAGAUGACAGAGAGAAAUGGACCUUCCAAAGAAAAACAGGGAAAGGGUUUAUGCAAGGAUGAUGAGGCAACUCCCAGUGUAGUUACAAAGAAGGAAGUACACGAAACAGUGGGUGAGGUGGAGAAGGCACCAGUUCAACCAAAUGAUCUCCAAAAGGUGGAAAAAGGUAUUGCUGUAUCUUCUAUAGAAGGAGUAUCUGGUGUUCAACUACCUGAUAUAACUCCUGUAGCAAUGAAUAUUGGCAGCAGUAAUCAGGAACCUGUUGGAUCACCAUUGAAGGCAGAGUGUGGCGAUCAGGCUGAGCAGCUAAAAGAUGCUGAUAAGCCAGCUGAUCAAGUCCAUGAAAAUACUACGGAUUUGCAACAGCAAGUAGAUCUGAGUCGAUCGCCAGAGAAGAUAGAACCUAGAAAGGAACAAGAUUGCUUGGGAACAAAUGGAAGUCAAGCGUGUAUUGAAGAAGCCAAUAAUAAUAAGGAAUGUGAGAAGCAGUUUGAGGGUGCUACUCCAGGGGAGUCACCUUUGUCAUCCAAAACUGAAACACAGAUGUCAGAGAUGGCAGAGACAAAUGGAUCUUCCAAAGGAAAACAGGGCAAUGGUUCAUGCAAUGAUGACGAGGCAACUCCCGGUGUAGUCAAUGAUGAUGAACAGCUGAAAGAUGCUGAUAAGCCAGCUGAUCAAGUCAAUGAAAAUACUAAAGAUUUGCAACAGCAAGUAGAUCUGAGUCGAUCGCCAGAGAAGAUAGAACCUAGAAAGGAACAAGAUUGUUUGGGAACAAAUGGAAGUCAAGCGUGUAUUGAAGAAGCCAAUAAUAAUAAGGAACAUGAGAAGCAAUCUGAGGGUGCUACUCCAGGGGAGUCACCUUUGCCACCCAAAACUGAAACACAUAUGUCAGAGAUGGCAGAGAGAAAUGGAUCUUCCAAAGGAAAACAGGGCAAUGGUUCAUGCAAUGAUGACGAGGUAACUCCCGGUGUAGUUAACACAAAGAAGGAAGUCGAUGAAGUAGUCAGUGAAGUGGAGAAGCCACCUGUUCAUAAAAAUGAUCUCCAAAAUGCAAACACUAGAACCAAGCUCAAGAGGAAGCAAGCUUUGAACAAAGAAAAGGUGGAAAAAGGUGUUGCUCUAUCUUCUAUAGAAGGAAUAUCUGAUGCUCAACUACCUGAUAUAACUCCUGUGGCAAUGAAUAUUGGCAGCAGUAAUCAGGAACCUGUUGGAUCACCAUUGAAGGCAAAGUGUGGUGAUCAGGCUGAGCAGCUAAAAGAUGGCGAUAAGACAGCUGAUCAAAUCCAUGAAAAUACUAAAGAUUUGCAACAGAAAGUAGAUCUGAGUCGAUCGGCAGAGAAGACAGACCCUAGAAAGGAACAAGAUUUUUUGGGAACAAAUGGAAGUCAAGCGUGUAUUAAAGAAGCCAAUAAUAAUGACAAGGAACAUGAGAAGCAAUCUGAGGGUGCUAAUCCAGGGGAGUCACCUUUGCCACUCAAAACUGAAACACAUAUGUCAGAGAUGGUAGAGAGAAAUGGAUCUUCCAAAGGAAAACAGGGCAAUGGUUCAUGCAAUGAUGACGAGGUAACUCCCGGUGUAGUUAACACAAAGAAGGAAGUUGAUGAAGUAGUCAGUGAGGUGGAGGAGAAGCCUCCUGUUCAAAAAAAUGAUCUCCAAAAUGCACACACUAGAACCAAGCGCAAGAGGAAGCAAGGUUUGAACAAAGAAAAGGUCAAGAAAGGUGGUGCUGUAUCUGCUAUACAAGAAACAUCUGAUGUUCAGCUACCUAAUGUCACUCCUAAAUCAAUGAUUAUUGACAACAUUAACCAGGAGCCUAUUGGACCACCAUUGAAGGCAGAGUGUGGCAGUCAGACUGAGCAGCUAAAAGGUGCCGAUAAGCCUGCUGAAGUCCGCGAAAAUACUAAAGAUUUGCAACAGCAAGUUUAUCUUAGUAGACUGCCAGAGAAGAGAGAACCCAGUAAGGAACGUGAUUGUUUGGGUAUGAGUGAAAGUGAAAACUAUGUUGAAGAACCUCAGAAUAAUAAUAAUAAAAACAAGAAAGAACAUGAGAAGAGAUCUGAGGAUGCUACUUCAAAGGAGUCACCUUUGCCUUCCGAAACUAAGAAGCAUACUCACAGAAGGGCCCAACCGAAUAAGAAAAAGUCAGAGAUGACAGUGAGAAGUGGAUCUAAAGGGGCUAGGUCUUCCAAAGGAAAACAGGGCAAGGGUUCAUGCAAGGAUGAUGAGGCGGAAAAAGGUGGUGCCAUAUCUACUAUAGAAGGAAUGUCAGAGAAAAUUGAACCUAGAACGGAACAAGAUUGUUUGGGUAUUAAUGGAAGUGAAAAGUGUGUUAAAGACAGCGAAAAUAAUAACAAGGAACAUGAGAAUCAAUCUGAGGAUGCUACUUCAGGGGUGUCACCUUUGCCACCCAAAACUGAAAAGCACAAGUCAGUGAUGACAGAGAGAAAUGGAUCUAAAGGUGCACGAUCUUUCAAAGGAAAACUGGGCAAGAGUCCAUGCAAUGAUAACGAGGCAACUUCCGGUGUAGUUAAAAUAAAGGAAGAAGGAGAAGAAGAAGAAAAAGGAGGAGGAGGAAUCAGUGACUUAGAGAAGCCACAUGCUCAAAAAAAUGAACUCCAAAAUACAAGCACAAGAACCAAGCGCAAGAGGAAGGAAGUUUUGAACAAAGAAAAGGAUUCUAAAAACCACCCUGUUGGUAAGGAUUAUGGAGAAGAGUUGAUUGGUGCUAUAAUAAGAGUUUGGUGGCCCCUUGACCGAAAGUUUUAUAAGGGAACAAUUUCUUCUUUUGACCCUGAGACGAAGAAACACAAGAUCAAAUACAUUGACAACGAUGUUGAAACCUUGAACCUCAACCUUGAACGCUGGGAAAUGCUUGAAGAGGCCUCAGUCAAGGAAGAACAUGUAUUUGAUUCACCUUCUUUGGUGUCUACUACGGCGGGGGAAAAGGCAAAAAAAGGCACCUCAAAGAAAAAAGAAUCUGGUGCCUCAUCUUCAAAAAGGGCUUCGAAGAAAGCAGGUACAAGCAGUGGCAGCAAGCUUGGGAAAACUCUCAAGUCAGGCAAAGCUCUAUCCAAGGAUAAUGAGAAAACUAAUUCAUGAAUCAAAGAAGGGGCUGAAGAAGUAACAUUCCAUGAAUGUGAAACGACCCGCAUGGUUAUAAAAUCUACAGCUGAUCCUUGACCUUGCAGCCAGUCAGUCCAAGUAGUUUGUUUGUUUCCAUUUUCUUUGAACAUAACUUAUGAUACAUGGGUUUAGUUUGAGGGAAAUUUGCCAACAUAACAAUGAUGAUAUGAUUAAUGCCAGACGUCACAUUAGACUCAUUUUUUUCUUUAUACAUUAUAUCCUUUUUUACCUUAACAAGCUAACUUUUAAUUUGACACAAUGUUAGAGCCAUUAUGGCUUACGUAGGUCAUUCACAAUGUAAUUAGGAUCGGAAGUAAUUUGCCCGGUAACCAAUCCGAAUUCUGAAGGUUGUCGGCAAUCAGCUAUUUUCAUGUUAGCGGUUUGGAUUAGUU